CGUCGCGAGCAAGCGAUAGAUUGUCGCCCGGUGGUCGUUUUCGCGCGGUUUUCGCGGGGAUCCUCGCGCGAUCGGACGUCGCGCGCGUUGAACGCGAGGUUAAUUGUCGGCUUUGAUUCUCUCGAGUGUAUAGGACCCGCGAGAGGACCUUCUCCGAGAGGAUUCACCGGCGACACAGGUGGUUACAUACACGCGCGAACGCGAGGUCUCUAUUUACUCCCGACAAGAUCGUCCGCAUCAGCCAAUGGCGACUUCCCAGGAUCUGGAGGACGACUGGACCAUGCUCUGCCACGACCCCGACAGCUGGACGCGGAACGAUCUACAGUUGGCGGCGGAGCUCGGCAAGACCCUCCUGGAACGGAAUAAGGAGCUAGAGAACAUCAUCAAGCUGCACCAGGCUACCGUGGAGGAGCAGACGCAAGAAAUCGAGUACAUGAAAAAGCAGACUGCCGCCCUGAGGGAGGUGAACAAUACACGGCUGAAAGUAUACGAGCAGCUGGAAGUCAGCGUGCAGGAUCUGGAACGUGCGAAUCAUCACCUGGUGAUCGAGAACACGAGCGAUAAGAAGCUGAUCAAGAGCCAAUCCGUGACUAUCGAGAAUCUGGAAAUAAGAUGCGAGGAGCUGCAGAAGAAGAUUGACGACCUGACCGAACAACUGCGCCAGCAUGCCGCGAGCCCGUCGAGGAGUAGCGCGCAACAGCAGCAUCAGCAGCAGCAACUGCAGCAGCAACAGAGCGCCGAUUGGGAGACUUCGGACACGCUGCAAGGUGGCAGCGAGAAACAGAGAGCUGCCCCGAGCUCGCCGAAGCCCUCCCAGGAGACAACCGAGGCGACCGCGGCGAGCGACGAGGAGAUGACCGCGUUGCUGCGGCAGCUGCAGGACGCUCGCAAUCAGAGGGCCAGGGAGCAGAAGAAGGUGACGGAGCUCAGUCAGCAGCUGACCACCUUGCUGCAAGAGAACAGCGCGCUGGAGGAGCAAUUAACGGAGUUGCGUAACAAGGCGCAAGACGUGAAGAGUCUGCAAGACGAGAUUAGCACCUUGGAGGAAGUCAGACGAGGUCAAUUGUGCGGACGUUGCCUGCGCGGCAUGGACACGAGGACGCACGACGAGCUUUCGAUAAUGCUGGAUCAGGAAGAGUUUGACGACAUAAGUAUGGCCGAGUCGUUAAUCAGCGAGAAUCAGCGCGACUCCGAAAUGACUGUGCAGGAUACAGGCAACAAAAAUGAAGGUACCGACGAACUGGACAGCGCGAAUCCUUAUCGAGUCUUGGUAGAGAAGUAUCAGGCGCUGUUGGAGGUGCAGAGACACUGUCAGCCCCGUCGCAAGGACGCCACGCCCGCGAUGUCGUUGCAGGAGGAGCUGGAGAUGUCCGGGGAGUUUAACAAUUUCUAUCCCGCCGCUUCCGAGGUCGCCGCGGCCCCAGAAUCGGCCAAGACCGCCUCGCGAGCGAAACCCGAGAGCCAAGCCGGCAAGAAGCCCUUCUCGGCCACCCCGACAGACUUCUCCGAGGCCGAGACGUCGUCCUCGGGUUUCUCGGACGAGACCAGCAACAAGGCGACGCAGACGGACGACCGACCGGGCUCGUUCCUGUGCUCCAUCGCCGACGGCGAGGACUGCAAGUUCAGUAUCUACGACGACAACAGCCCAUUCGAGAGCAGAUUCCGCAAGACGCCCGAGUACCGACAGCUGUUCAGCGAGAUCUUCAGCGUUCUGAAACGGGCGGCCGAGGCGAAGGACGAGGGCGAGAAGCUGCCGCUGCUGGACGAUCCCGCCCCGUUGCAGCCGAAGUACGACCCGUCGUUUCAGGAGGAUUUGCAGAGCGAGGCGACGGACGACAAUCAGAGCGUCAUGUCCUCCAUGGUGUCCUCGGUGGUCUCGGAGCCGGUCUUCAGGGUGCAAACCGCCAGCCCGGCCAACAUCCCGAAGGACGGCAAACAACAGUCCGACGGCAAGAGGUCCAGCAACGCCGCCGCCACCGCGAGUCAACAGCCCGCGAAGGACGCGAGCUGCAGAAUGGAUUACGUGUCCCUUAACUUGCGCGUCCGCAAGAAGUCCGCGGCGAAGAAGAACGCCGUCAAGAAGGCGCAGCAGAAUGACCGGACGGCGCCGGACGUAAUACCCACGACGAAUCCGAAAUUCGUGCCGGCCAAGUCCAGCGGCGGCCGAAGGAGAUUCAAACCGUUCAACCCCGCCGACUACGAGCACUCCGGUGCGUUGAACGGCCAGCACACCGCGUACCCGAAUCGGUCGAGGGACAGGAAGCUGUUCGGUCCCGCGCGCGGCACGAACGAUCAGCAGCAGCAGCAGCAGCACAACAAUUACGAGUACAAGGACUUCAAACCCAGCACCGCGUCGGAAGAGGUGGCUCGGCUGAAGCGAUUAGAGCUGUCUUACGCGGAGGUUCUUCGCACGCCUAACAACAAAUCCAGAGCCAAUAAUCAUCAUUAUCGUAGGAACUAAACGAGGACGAAUGAAAGACGAGCGUGAGGCGAAGCCCGUACAAGAGUUUAGAGUUUUGUAUUUCGAUUUCGCGCAAUUGCGUGCGUAUCCCGAGGUAGAUCUGAUCUCCGCAUCAAUUCAUCCCGCGACGAGAUCCAGUAUUGUUUUGUACUUUCUUGUAAAUAUUUCGACGACGCGGAUACACGUGUAGCGGCAUGUUUCUAUAGGCACUAAUUAAUGUGUCCGCGUUAGUUUUUUAAGUUCGAAUAUUUCGUAUCUUAUUGUAUAUCCCCCUUCCCUCUCCUUCCACGCGGUGAACAUACGACGACGAGUAUCGAUCCCCCUUCCCUGCCCUCCGUCCCCCGUGGCACCGUCGUCGUCAGUCGUUACGGAGAAGAGAAAAAAUUUUAUCCAUGUGCCAUUUACUCUCCGUGUCAAAAAAAAAAAAUAUAUCAACUUCCGACUUUGAAAACUUGCACUACUCUUCGAUAACGUAUAUCUUUUUUUCCCCCGGGGAGGUAGUGCAUGUCAGCAGACGCAUGCGUGGUGUGUUAGCUUUUGUAUUUUAUAGUGUAUGAAUAUUGUGAUGAUGUUGUACGUAUAAAUAAAUAAAUUCUUUAUCAUAUUAAGACACUUCCCUCUCUCGCGCUCUAUCGAGCACGUAAUUUAUCGUAAUACGGAUCCUCAAUGAGAAAACAAAAUUUAUCCAGUAUCCUUGCUCCUGCGUAAAUUUGUAGCAUAGGAGCACGAAAACAAUAUCACUUGUCCAACAUAUAGAUAUACAUGAAAUAUAAUCUUUGAAAUCUGAAACUAUGAAGAUCACGUAUAUUAAAACUUGAAUAAGUUA